AUGAAGGCGGAAGAUACCCCCAUCAACAGGUCGACAGGGUCCGAUCUAGAGAAUGGAGCGGGUGGACAGGUUGAAAAGGUGGUGGAAGCUAAGCCAGCGGACGGCGGUCGGAAUGAUGCCCCAGAUGGUGGCCUUGAAGCCUGGCUAGUCGUCUUUGGAGGCUGGUGCGCGCUCUUCUGCACCUUCGGCUUAAUCAAUUGCGUUGGUGUGUUCCAGGAAUAUUAUCUAUCCCAUCAACUAAAGACAUACGACGCAUCAGCAGUGAGCUGGAUUACAUCCGCCCAGGUCUUUUUCAUGGUAUUCUGUGGUGUUGUGUGGGGACGUGUAUUUGAUAAUUAUGGUUCAAAAUGGCUUCUUUGGGGAGGUACCAUCACCUAUAUCUUCGGGCUGAUGAUGACCUCUCUGUCCACAAAGUACUACCAGUUCUUCCUGGCACAGUCUGUCGUCUCUUCCAUUGGCUCCAGCGCUGUCUUUAACUGUUCUAUGUCAUGCAUAGCGUCCUGGUUCUCCCGCCGCCAGGCCGCCGCCUUUGGUAUUAUAGCCUCAGGCUCCUCCGUGGCCGGUGUUGUGCUGCCAAUCAUGAUGGACAAGCUGAACGAUCGCAUCGGAUUUCCUUGGAUGAUACGCUCUAUCAGCUUCAUGUUUCUUGGUUUGCUUGUCACUGCCUGCUUGACUGUCAAACCUAGACUGCCGCCACGACCAAGACCAGUCGUCCUCAGUGAAUACGUGGAUAGCUUGAAGGAGAUUCCUAUGGUCCUCACAGUGCUAGCUUUCUUCCUAUUCAUGUGGGGGAUGUUUUUGCCUUUCAACUAUAUCAUCCUCCAGGCCAUCGCUGCAGGAACAUCGCCUACUCUUAUUCCCUAUUUGCUUCCAAUUCUCAAUGCCGUGAGUAUCUUUGGUCGAGUUCUGCCAGGAAUUGUCGCCGAUAAGAUUGGUCGCUAUAACGUGAUGAUAGUUACCAUUUUCUUGUCUGCAUUAUUCUGCCUUGCUGUAUGGAUUCCAGUCAAGAACACUGCCGGAAUAAUCGUCUUUGCUGUCAUGUUUGGCUUUUCUUCUGGCGGCUACUUUACUCUGGCGCCCGCCAUCAUUGCACAGAUUUCCGACGUUCGCCAGAUCGGCAUGCGUGUUGGAACAGCCUUUGCAAUUCAAUCUCUUGGGGCCCUUACCGGUAGCCCAAUCGGUGGCGCGAUUGUCAAGUCACAGAAUGGCGAUUACCUGGGUCUGCAGUUGUUCUGUGGUUGCACUUGCGAAGAGCCGCGACGAGUGUUCCAAAAAGAUGUCAUGCUGUGGAUCUAUGUCAAGCUCCUCUCGAACUCUGCCUACAAAGGCCAGAGCCACAAGAGGAUGGACGCCGAUUUCAGUUAA